CACCCUCCGGCUAAGCUUCCUAUGGAUGAGUUCUUAAAUUGGACCAAUAGUAACAAUCUGAUUCACCUUCCCAUUAUCGGGGCUUUCUUCACUUGGAGUAAUGGUAGAAGAGGCAAUAUUUGACUAAAAAAAGACUUGAUAGGUGAAUUUGUAAACAGGCUUGAAUUUCCACUUGCACUACUGUUUCUUAUUUCACCCUUCCUAGGAGAAAAUAUGACCACUUCCCUCUGGUUCUGAACUUCAAAGCUAAUGAGAUUGGUCAUGCUUCCUCCUUUAAAUUCAUGCAGACGUGGAACCUUAAUCCUAACUGCAAAUCCAUUGUUAAAAAAAUUUGGAACUACACCAUUCAUGGUGAUCCUAUGUUUGUCUUGAACCACAAGCUUAAAGACAUCAAGCAAGAGUUGGAUACUUGGAAUACACAAACUUUUGGCACUAUUCAUAACAGAGUUAUUGAGGCAACCUUGAAGAUUAACAACAUACAACUGUCAAAUGAUAACAAUGGUCCCUCUGAUACUCUUUUGGAGCAAGAAAAGGCGGCUAAGAUUGAACCGGAUUAUUCCCUCCAGAUAGAAGAUGUUUUUUGGAGAGAGAAAGCUAGAGCUAAGUGGAAUUGUGAAGGAGACAAAAACACUGCUUACUUCCAUAGACUGACUAAAAUCAAGCAGGCUACUAAGAAGAUCUCUAUGCUCAAUAUUGAGAAUAACCACAUUAUUGAAGACACUAUCCCUUGCUUGAUUUCUGAUCAAAUAAAUGAUGUUCUAUCCAUGAUUCCCACCCCUGAAGAAAUCGUUUAUGCAGUGUUUGCUAUGAAUAAAAAUGGUGCCCUAGGAUCUGAUGGAAAUGGUGAAUCUUUCUUUCAAUCUCAUUGGAAUACUGUGAAAUUUGAUGUUAUAGCUGCUACUUCUCAAUUUUUUUCUCAAAACUGGAUCUCCCCCAACUAGAAUGCUAGUACAAUUUCCCUUAUUCCCAAGGGACCAUGCUGACACAAUUUCUAAAUACAUACCAAUUGCUAUGGGAAAUUUCAAAUAAAGAAUUAUCUCUAAAUUUCUGGCUGAUAUAUUAGCUGUUAUUCUUCCCAAUAUUAUUUCAAAAGAGCAAAGGGGUUUUAUUAAAAGGCUUAGAACUUGGAAGAAGGGUUGCUUGAUAAAUUAUCACAUCUCCUCCUCCAUUUAGAGUGGCAUAAGACCCAAGUUCCAAAUAGUGCAGGAUAAAUCCAGUUGGAAUAUUAGAAAUGGAGACAAGGUGAACUUCUGGAAAGAUAAUUGGUGUGGCAUUUUUAUCGGUCACCGCCUCAAUAUUGGUGAUGAUAGACUUGUUGAGCUAAAUCACACUGUCAAAGAUUUAAUUGUGGAGCAUAGUUGGAAUAUUCCUUCAAUCAUUCAACAAGAUCUUGGGUUAACUUGUAAUCACUUUACCUGGUGGAAUGAGGUUUCA